CAGUCAUUUGAGAGUUUGGGAAUUUGGAAGUUUAGAAAUUCGAGGAUUUGGAAAAUUCUAAAUUUCUUAAAUAAUACCCAGCAGUUUACGUAAAUGGUGGGACCUCCUUCUCUUUUAUCGCGAUUUUUUUUACGAAAUAAUAGUGCUCGGUAAUUCGUUAUGCCAUUUCCCCCUACCUAUUUUUUCUAGCUUAAGCCAACAAUGCUCUCGAUUGUACGAGCAGGUUAGGGAGCACGCACACGUCGAACAAACCACACCACACUCUUCUCCGCUAUAAACCGACCGACCGACCAGUCACGCACGAUCUCUCGUUCGUGUAUGAAUGUCGUAGUCCGGUUACCACCGGACCCGAACCCAUCUCGAACACCGACGAACUUAUGGUUGCGAGUGCGCGAGCGCACACGAUCGUUCACGAACGAAAAACCUAUCGGGAACUUUUGAAGUACCGAUGAAAAUUUAUCGUGUUCCCUUCGUCUUGCCGCCUCGUCGUUUCUCCUUGACCUUCCGGUCAUUUCGAAUAAUUUCACGUCGUACCAACGCUAUUACUAUUAGCGGCUUAACACCGGUGACCUACGAAGGGAGAUUAAAGAGCGUCAGGAGGAGGAGGGUGGUAGAAAGUGGCGAGAAAGAAGGGAGACGAAGUUAAUGAAGGAGCAGAAAGAAGACGGAGAGAAAAGAGAACCAAAGUGGUUGCGUAGAGGGGGGGCAGAGGAGGAGUUGGGUGCUAGGUGGAAGCCGAUGGAAGGGGAAAACGAUGUCGAGCAACCGAACUUGACCCUUGCUGGAUCUGCAUUUUCGUCGGUUUGCUUAGCAAACAGAAAAUAUUGAGCUUUUAAUUUCAUGCGAAAUUAUUCAUUACCAAAUUAUUAUUUAUGAAAAAAGAUUCGAUCACGCGAUAAAGGCAUUCGACAGACUUAACUCGAUGUUAAUAUCAGUAUUUAUAUAUGAACUUUCGCUGUGUUUUAACGAAAGGAAUGUUGUACCGGUAUUCCGUUAUGAGCACCAAGGAAUUUCUUCUUGCUACAUUCAUAAAUUGCAUUUUUUGUAACAUACACGUGAAACUGUUCACAUACAUUGUUAACCGCAAAAUUUUCAAUACUUUCCCACACAAAUUCAAUUUUCUGUAUUUCAACCUUCGUUCAAAAAAGAUCAGUUUAAAUAUUGCGCGUUAAAAAAAGCGCGCCUUUUUUUCAGGAAGCGUCUUCAAAGUUUAAAGCGUGUUUCGGCAACGCGGUAGUUAAACGAUACAGAUUUUAACACGCUUUUUUGUAAUUCUAUAAAAGUUUUAAAAUAGGCGCACGUCUUAGAACACAAUUCAUCUACUGUACCGCUUUUAGUGUCACGUGUUUAGAAACACGUGCGUGAAAGAAGCCUAGAAGAGUAGGUUAGAUAGAAGAGCACGAAAACAGCUCUGAUAAACGUAACUUGAAACGGAACUUGAUAACCACUCAUCGUAUUUAGAAACCUAACAGUUAGCUGUCGCCAGAACAAAAAGCAUUUAGAAACGCAUUCAUUUUUUCCAUUAGCACGUUUCACUAUACUUGAUAUUCCGAGUCAGUUGUGUCUACGAAUCGCUUUAUGAUUUAUGGAACUUCCCCUACCUCCUAGCGUGGAUGUAGUCGUAUAACGUGUAGUGUUACAACACGCAGCGAUACAAUGCGAUGGAAAUACAAUGCGUGGCGUGUGUUAUGACGCGUGGCGAUAUAACGCGAGGCGAUAUCAUUUUUAUUUCGUUUGCAGUAAAAAUUAUAAUCAACUUUUUACAUUCACCACGUGCGUAGCUAAUUGUUUUUGUAACGUUUAUGUAAGUUACGAUUAAUAGUUCGUAAGGUUAUCAGAGUGCAGUUACGUAUCAAGUUGUUUUCACAUUUCAAGAGAUUUCUUUGUACUCCUAUUCUUUCAAUAAACUCAUGAACGCUGAAACGUCUUUUUUAUCUACGCCUUCACAUUCAUACUUAUUUCGACGUCGAGACUGCAGUUUCAUAUUAAAACAAUUAUAUUUCGGAUGGAGGCUUCAAGUACAUCCGAACUUGCGAGCGACUGAUUUUUAAAUUGAAAUUAUCUGCUGAUGACCGUGAUAUUAAACGCCCGCACUGUGUAUAAGUAGAACAGAUGGUCGUAAGACCAUUCGUGUGUCAUCACAGUGACUUGUAAAACUUAUGUAAUAUUCCUCAUCAUUUCAGGAGUUUAGCGUACAACCUCCUAAUAUAUUCUUUAAAAUAUUUAAUAAAAGAGAAGUCGCCAUGAAUUACAAAUGGGACCAGCUUGCCGUUCGCAAAGAACCACCAAAGGCACUUCGAAGCAAAUUACAAGUGCCGGUAAAAACUUUAGCAACUCCCGGACCGACUAAUUGCUCCAAGAGAGUCCUUCGCUCUCUUCAGAAUCAAAUUAUCGGCCAUCUUCAGCCCGAGAUCUGUCAGAUAAUGGAUGAAAUUAAGGCUGGACUGCAAUACGUCUUCCAAACAAACAACAGACUUACCUUGGCACUUAGUGCAUCAGGACACGGUGGCAUGGAGGCGUGUCUAGUUAAUAUACUCGAACCCGGUGAAACUGUCCUCAUCGUCAAAUCUGGCAUUUGGGGUGAACGUGCAAGUGACAUGGCCACUCGAAUUGGAGCUAAUGUCGAGCUGAUAGAAACGCCACACAACAAGGGCCUCACAUUGGAUGAACUAGAAGUUGCUUUGGCAAAAUAUAGACCAGUAGCUGUUUUCAUGGUCCAAGCAGAAUCCUCCACAGGGUUAAAACAACCACUGGAAGGUUUUGGAGACCUCGUUCACAAAUACGAUGCUUUAUUCAUUGUCGAUUGCGUCGCGUCAUUGGGCGGCGAGCCGUUCUUCAUGGAUUCCUGGAACAUCGAUGUGACUUACACUGCUAGCCAAAAGGUUCUUGGUGCCCCACCUGGAUUCGCUCCCAUUUCGUUCAGUCCACGGGCAGAACGAAAGCUGUUCCAAAGAAAAACCAAACCAGUCUCCUUCUAUUGGGACUUGAGGAUCCUCGGCGUUUAUUGGAAAUGUUUCGAUAACGAAGACCGCGUGUAUCACCACACGAUGAGUGCAACGUUGUUGUACGGUUUAAGAGAAGCAUUGGCAGAACUCAUUGAAGAGGGUCUCCCAGCAUCUUGGGCCAGACACGCGGCUGCAGCUGCCAGAUUCAGGAAGGGUCUUGAAUUACGAGGGCUUCGAUGUUACGUGCAAAUUCCACAGUAUCAAUUAUCCACCGUGAUCUCCAUAGAGCUGCCACCUGGCGUCGACGAGAGGAUCAUUGUGCAGCGAGCCUUGGAGAAGUACAAAGUUGAAAUCAGCCGAGGUUUAGGACCGACCGUAGGGAAGAUUAUACGAAUCGGAUUUUUAGGAAUUAAUGCGUCACCCAAAGUAGUGGAUCUCGUACUACGCGUGCUCGACGAAGGUCUCAUACACGCCAAGAAAUCAAAGCUGUAAAUGAUAAAGCGACGAGUGAACGUGAACCGUUACGUGAUAAUAUAACAAGAAUCCAGAUCUAUCGCACUCGUCUCGUUAUGCAAAAACCUGGGAAUUUCCGCUUGACAACCUGCGGCUCGGCAACAACGAAUCGUCAAAAGUUUGAACACGUUUCUCGCUUCGAGGAUGACACUUGAAAGAUACUCUCUCUAUUAAUUUCCCGAGAAAUUCGUUGAAGUUACAUAGUUGAAAAGACGGCUACUUUUACACACGCACGCGUCUAAAAAAACUGACUCACACACACAUUCGUUAACUAAUCAAGCAUUACGUUCUUUUUAAAUAAACGCCGAAAUCGACUGUAAUCUCGAUCGUUGAACGCAUCGAGAUUACAGACGCGUUCGCCAUCGAAUAACUUACAGAACCUAACAAUAAAUAAGCUUAUAAUUUAUAAAAUAAAAAGAAAAGUAGGCUUAUAAAGAGCGAAGCCGUUUCGAUGAGAUUACAGGCGGUUUCAAAUGUUAACGCUAGUAUCAAGCGAUGAGAAAAUAACAUUAUAAUAGUAGCAGCGAUAUUUAUACUAUUCAAAAUAGCGAUAGAAACGUUAAUAAUAAUAUUGAUAUUAAUAAUAUUAAUGACAACGUGACGAGAUGAGAAAUGAACGGAGGAUGAAACGAUGAACGAUGACGAAUGAACGAUGAAACUUACGAUAAGUGUAUAAACGUUAACAUCGUUAAUAUUAAUAAUAAUAAUAAUAAUAUUAAUAAUCCGUAGCAAUAAAUUGCGUUGGAGUAUAGAUUUACAUAUAGUGUAAACGUUAGCGUGUUCGCGCAAUGAUAACUGAUGCCACCAUCGGAGGUUUUUCAGUCUUCUUUGGUUGCUGGGUAACUUGGUGAGGUUGGUGGGUACGGUAGGGCUCUGCGUUUACCGCCUCGACUAUAUUUUCAUUCUCUACCCCAGGCUUGUGUCUCUCUCUUUUCUUACAUCAUUUUUAUUACACAAUAUACUCCCGUUAUACUGCCACAUUUCAUACCAGAUACUAUACGGCGCAAUAUUAAUUCUUUUCCGUACAUCAACAUUACAUUACUUUUUUUAUACAUAAUCGAUAUUGUCAGAAUUUUUAUUGUCAUGUUAUCAUUCAAUAUUGUCGACACAACGAUAUUGCUAGUCAAUCUUUUCAAUACAAUAUUCAUUAUCAGUAUUGUUAAUUUUCUAAAUAUUUAUUAUGAACAAAUAAUGAGGAACACUGAGAAUAAAGCCCGUCAAAAAUC